AGCCAAAAAUUGGGAGUAACUUAAAUGUCCAACAGAAGUUGAAUGGCUAAACACAUCACGUGUGGACUAUCUCUGCAAGAUAAUACCAUGCAGCCAUUUGUUAAAAAUCAUUACUUUGCUUAAUAUGUAUAGAAACGAGGAACCUUUCAAUGAGUGAAAGGAAGGAACUACACUAUUUGGGGUGAUUUUUUUCCUCCUUUAUACAUCAAAGCAUUUUCUGGAUUUUCUCAACUGGUGGUUUUACUCUUAGGAUAAGAAACAAAUGUUGAAACCCAUUUUCUAAUGCCCGUGUAAAUGCCACUUGCCGGCCCCAGGUACCCGUCUUGCUUCUGAUGUAGCAUCGAUUAAAGUAGCUUGAGUGCUCAGUGACAUCUCGUCUUCAAUAUCCCCUCCAGCAGCCCGCCCACCACUCAGUGUCUUUGUUGCUUUUCUGUAUCUGUUUGCCUCUAAACAUGAGUGAGUGACCUGCGCCCUCGUUUGCUUGCUCUGGGCCAGUUCCCACUGGCGUUUCCAAAGAAAGGAAGAGAAGAGUAUGAUCUUUCAUUUUCAUGUGCCCCGCUCUCACCAUCUGUCCUUACCUAGGUGUUUGCUUUGUUUGGGGUGCCAGUUGGGGUGGCUUGGAAAGAAAUGCUAGUUUCUUCCGCCUUAUGGAAAAACACUGACCCUGUCUUUGUUCUUGUCCCACAGAUAUGAUGCUGUCUCUUCUGUGUAGCCAUUGGAGCAGUGACAAUUUUCUGUGCUGAGAUCAUUCUCAACACUCAAACAUUAGACUUCAGCAUUCAAGGGAAGCCAAAGCCAUUGGAGGGGGAAUAAAAGCCCAAAGCCUUUUAUCUUACUUGUUCCAAAAAUUUCACUGCCCCUUUCCUACCUGCCCGUCCCACCUCCCCCCAAAUUAAGCACACAGACAGGCGGCAUGGCGAGCAAGCGGAAAUCCACCACCCCGUGCAUGGUUCGGACACCACAAGUAGUAGAACAGGGUGUCCCCGAGGAAGGAGACAGGGCCAAAGAGAAAGGAGUCAGCACUCCACAGCCUGAGGCAGCCAAGGACGGUUGGACAGUGGAACCUGAAAACUCUUCCAAAGAAAAUGAAGUGAUAGAGGUGAAAUCUACAGGGGAAAACCAAUCCAAAAAACUCCAAGGUGGUUAUGAAUGCAAAUACUGCCCCUACUCCACGCAAAACCUGAACGAGUUCACAGAGCACGUCGACAUGCAGCACCCCAACGUGAUUCUCAACCCCCUCUACGUGUGUGCCGAAUGUAACUUCACAACCAAAAAGUACGACUCCUUGUCUGACCACAACUCCAAGUUCCACCCCGGGGAGACCAACUUCAAGCUGAAGUUGAUCAAGCGCAAUAACCAGACUGUCUUAGAGCAGUCCAUCGAAGCCACCAACCACAUCGUGUCCAUCGCCACCAGCGGCCCUGCGAGCGGUGACGGUGAUCCUGGAAUCUCCGUGAGUAAGACGCCCAUCAUGAAGCCAGGGAAACCAAAAGCUGAUGCCAAGAAGGUGCCCAAGAAGCCCGAGGAGGCCACCCCCGAGAACCACGUGGAAGGGACCGCCCGCCUGGUGACCGACGCGGCUGAGAUCCUGUCGAGACUCGGAGGCGUGGAGCUCCUCCAGGACACGCUAGGGCACGUCAUGCCUUCUGUCCAGCUCCCACCAAAUAUCAACCUUGUCCCCAAGGUCCCCGUCCCGUUGAAUACUACCAAAUACAACUCCGCCCUGGACACGAAUGCCACCAUGAUCAACUCCUUCAACAAGUUCCCUUACCCAACACAGGCUGAGUUGUCCUGGCUGACCGCAGCUUCCAAACACCCAGAGGAGCACAUCAGAAUCUGGUUUGCCACACAGCGCUUGAAGCAUGGCAUCAGCUGGUCCCCAGAGGAGGUGGAGGAGGCCCGGAAAAAGAUGUUUAAUGGCACCAUCCAGUCGGUACCCCCGACGAUCACCGUGCUGCCAGCCCAGUUGGCCCCCACAAAGAUGUCACAGCCCAUCCUCCAGACAGCUCUGCCGUGCCAGAUUCUCGGCCAGACCAGCCUGGUGCUGACUCAGGUGACGAGCGGGUCGACAACUGUCUCUUGCUCCCCCAUCACGCUCGCCGUGGCCGGAGUGACUAACCACGGCCAAAAGAGACCCUUAGUGACUCCCCAGGCUGCCUCCGAGCCCAAGCGUCCACACAUCGCUCAGGUGCCAGAGCCCCCACCCAAGGUGGCCAACCCUUCCCUGACGCCGGCCAGCGACCGCAAGAAGACAAAGGAGCAGAUUGCCCAUCUCAAGGCAAGUUUUCUCCAGAGCCAGUUCCCUGAUGACGCGGAGGUAUACCGGCUCAUUGAGGUGACCGGCCUUGCCAGGAGCGAGAUCAAGAAGUGGUUCAGCGACCACCGGUACCGGUGUCAAAGAGGCAUCGUCCACAUCACCAGCGAAUCCCUUGCCAAAGACCAGCUGGCCAUCGCAGCCUCCCGACACGGCCGCACAUACCACGCAUACCCAGACUUUGCCCCACAGAAAUUCAAAGAAAAAACGCAGGGUCAGGUUAAAAUCCUGGAAGACAGCUUUUUGAAAAGCUCCUUCCCGACCCAAGCGGAACUGGAUAGGCUAAGGGUGGACACGAAACUGAGCAGGAGAGAGAUUGAAUCCUGGUUCUCAGAGAGACGGAAGCUUCGGGACAGCAUGGAGCAGGCUGUCUUGGAUUCCAUGGGGGCUGGCAAAAAGGGCCAAGACGUGGUGGCCCCCAACGGUGCUCUGUCUCGGCUCGACCAGCUCUCCGGGGCCCAGCUGGCCAGUUCUCUGCCCAGCCCUUCACCAGCAAUUACGAAAAAUCCAGAACAGGUCCAUCUCCUGAGGAGCACGUUUGCAAGAACCCAGUGGCCUACCCCCCAGGAGUACGACCAGUUGGCAGCCAAGACCGGCCUGGUCCGAACUGAAAUUGUGCGUUGGUUCAAGGAGAACAGAUGCUUGCUAAAGACCGGGACCUUGAAGUGGAUGGAGCAGCCCCAGCCCCAGCCCCAGCACCUAGCAGGCGAGCACGCUUACGACGCGGCGCAGAGGAAAGCCGUGCGAGCCGGCGUCGCCGAGAACCCAAAGAACGGGAGUGAGGCGGGUCAGCCCCAUUAUAGGGACCCCAAAAAGCUCUGCGAAGAGGACUUGGAGAAGUUGGUACCCAGGGUGAAAGUGAGCAACGAGCAACCAAAAGAUGGUGCGCUGGCCAAGCCUUCAGAAGCCCCCUCGGACAGGUCGGAGGGCAGCAGCCGGGACGGCCCGGGCAGCGACGAGAACGAGGAGUCGGGUGUCGUGGAUUGGGUCGAGGUCACGGUCGGAGAGGAGGACGCCAUCUCAGACAGGUCCGAUAGCUGGAGUCAGACCGCAGCCGAGGGCACCACAGAACUGGCCGGCUCGGACUCCGACAGCAUCCCUGCCGAGGCUGGCCAGGCCUAACAGGGACGUCCGUCAGAACUGCAUUGCUGAUAAAGGGGACGCUCUGUCUUUGAAGAAAGAAGAGAACCUCCCUCCCCGGCCUUGGGCCACCCUGGCCAGAGACUCCAAGUGGAACCACUUAGCGGGUGUGCGGCUGCAGGGCACAGGAACCCCAGCCUUCACUCACACCGCCCAGAGGACCGGUGGGAAUUGUUCAUAGUGCCAAAGUCCUACUACUGCGUUUUCAAUGGGUCCCUGUAAAUAGUUUGCUCCUCUGCCCUGGCCCCCACCUCUUGCUAUACUGGAACCAAUUUGUACAAUGUGGGAAUUUUGUUACCUUUUUAAUCAAGGGCAACGUCCUUUUCCAGCACUACCAUUGUAAGGUUUUUUCCAGGCGGGAGGGCUGAUCACACGUGCUUUUUCUCUUUUUUCCUUUUUUUUUUUAAUCUUUAUUUUAUUAAUUUGGGGGAGGGGGGAUGUUAGCAUUAGUGCCAUUAUAUCUACUGGAUUUUAGGUAGGGAGAGUUCUUUUUUUUUUUUUUAAGUAGUUUGAAAUUUGGGCAAUUUCUCUGUGGGAAGGGCUAGGAUUGGGGCAUCUGUCUCCACUUGGAGAGGGUUUACAGAUGACAGAUCUUCCCAAUCAGACCCAUUUCCAGUGCUGCCCCCAGCCACCCCUGGGGUCCCUGUUUAGCCACGCACAAGGCUUUCCGAACUGCCAACAGGUAGAUCUGGUUUCUCAGCCGCCUGGCCUCUUUGGCUGACUUUGGGCCAAGCAAGCACCAGAGACCCGGGGAGCAGGUGGCUCCCCACUUUCAGCCUCUUUUCAGAUACCAGCAGAAAGGGCUCCCACAUUUUUAGCAUUAUCAUUACUUCUAUGAAAAUAAAACAAAAAGAGGUCUUCCUAUCUAGAUGGUACAAAGAUGAACAGCUUCGGUUUUGAUUUCUGCUCCUGACUGGCUUUUCUCAGUGUGGUUUUUGACAAGAUUUCAGCUUGAAGCCUCACCAUGAAUUGGUUUUUGUUUGUUUGUGUGUUUGUUUUUGGGCCAAUCUUAGAUUCCUGAGUGCACUUUUUUUUCCCCCCAGUUAGUCCUAACUUUUAAAGAGGAAAAACCAAGAGACCUAUCUGGUGUAAAUGUUGCAAUAUGAAUUGUGUUUGCCACCCCCCCACCGCCCCCCAAUUGGGUACACUGCACAAAUAAAAUGCUAGGGAGUUUGGAAAAAAACCUUUUUUUUCUAACUUGUUGCUCAUUUGUUGUAACUCAAUAAAGCAAAGACUAAACAUUUUUAUAA